AUGCAGCCCUUCAGCAUCCCCGUGCAAAUCACACUUCAGGGCAGCCGGAGGCGCCAGGGAAGGACAGCCUUUCCUGUCUCAGGGAAGAAGAGAGAAGACUACAGUGAUGGAGACCCACUAGAUGUGCACAAGAGCCUGCCGUCCAGCGCUGGAGAAGACCGAGCCAUGAUGCUGGGGUUUGCCACGAUGGGCUUCUCAGUCCUAAUGUUCUUCUUGCUCGGAACAACCAUUCUAAAGCCUUUUAUGCUCAGCAUUCGGAGAGAAGAAUCGACCUGCACUGCCAUCCUCACAGAUAUCAUGGACGACUGGCUGGACUGUGCCUUCACCUGUGGUGUGCACCGCCGCGGUCAGGGGAAGUACCCGUGUCUUCGGGUGUUUGUGAACCUCACCCAUUCAGGUCAGAAAGCUCUCCUACAUUAUAAUGAAGAGGCUGUCCAGAUAAAUCCCAAGUGCUUUUACACACCUAAGUGCCACCAAGAUAGAAAUGAUUUGCUCAACAGUGCUCUGGACAUAAAAGAAUUCUUCGAUCACAAAAAUGGAACCCCCUUUUCAUGCUUCUACAGUCCAGCCAGCCAAUCUGAAGAUGUCAUUCUUAUAAAAAAGUAUGACCAAAUGGCUAUCUUCCACUGUUUAUUUUGGCCUUCACUGACUCUGCUAGGUGGUGCCCUGAUUGUUGGCAUGGUGAGAUUAACACAACACCUGUCCUUACUGUGUGAAAAAUAUAGCACUGUAGUCAGAGAUGAGGUAGGUGGAAAAGUACCUUAUAUAGAACAGCAUCAGUUCAAACUGUGCAGUAGGAGGAGGAGCAAAGGAAUGAGCAGAGAAAUCUUAAGACGGUGGCCAAAUUAAAGUGCUGGCCUUCAGAUGUCUGUGAUUUCUGCAGCUGAGGACCUAAUUAUGCCUGUCUGCAAACUAACAAUGUAAAAGGUAAUAAUUAAAGUAUCAUAUUUUCAUGUGGGAAAAAAUUUAAAAGCCUCAUUUUGUUCUAUUUAUUUCUAUAAAUACGUACAAAUUCACCAUCUUUUCUAAUCCCAAUCUCUUUCCAAAUGAGCUAAGGAAGCACUUUUUUUUUUUCCUGUAUAGCAAAAUGAGUUCAAGAUAUUCUUUGCCUAAUUUCAGCUGUAGCUAGAAUCAGUCAAUAUGGAAAUAAACAAGGAGGGUAUCUAACCUACUGAACACUGAACCAUCAGCCUAACUCUAUGCAAUAUAGUCAUACUAAAAUAUUUCUCAUAAAAAAGUUCUUAACAGUUCGUUCACUAUACGAAGAUAAAAAUCUGGUAGAAAACUUAAGAAAACAUGGACCUAACAUAUUUAUUAUAGUCUUUUCUUUCUUUUCCUUUUUGAGAUGGAGUUUUGCUUUUGUUGCCCAGGCUGGAGCACAGUGGCAUGAUCUUGGCUCACUGCGACCUCUGCCUCCUGGGUUCAAGCAGUUCUCCUGCUUCAGCUUCCUAAGUAGCUGGGAUUACAGGUGUGCACCACCACGCCCAGCUAAUUUUUGUAUUUUUAGUGUAGACAGGGUUUCACCAUGUUGGUCAGGCUGGUCUUGAACUCCUGACCUCAGGUGAUUUGCCCACCUCGGCCUCCCAAAGUGCUGGGAUUACAGGCGUGAGCCACUGCGCCUGGCCUUAGUUUGUUCUUUUUCAGUCUAGACAGCAGAGGAAAGCUGCUGCCUAGAAAAUUCACUAAGUUUACAGUUACUAGUAUUUAGCCUUGUCAUGUACCAUGUAAUUUUUCUUUCAGUAACAUUUUUCUAGUUAAUUAUGCUUUUUGUAAGCUCAUUUCACUUUGUGCACUUUCUGGUGGGAAAAAUGGGCCAGAAAUAUGAAGAAGCUAUACUGGAUUUCAACAUUCAUCUCAGAUGAUCCACAUCGUAUUAGGCUGGUGCAAAAGUAAUUCCAGUUUUCGCUGUUAACUUUUAAUGGCGAAAAACCGCAAUUAUUUUUGCAUCAACCUAAUAGAAAAGUCCCACAUGGAUAGUCAACAAUUGUCUGUACUUUAAUUAAUGAAUCAACCGUGGUUAUUAAAUGAUGUCAUAAGGCUCUCAACAAAUGCUUUCCAGAUUAAGCCGAAUCUAUGACUGGAAAAGAGAUUUUGGUCUGAUUUUCCAAAGUGCCUCCAAGUGUCUUUAAAAUUUUAUUAUACUCAAAAAUCUUAAAUUAUGGACAGUAGAAUGAGACAUUUGAAGCUCCUUUUGUAUGUAGAUGUAAUCAAACAAAAAACUGAUUCUAAGUUUAAUCCCUUUUAGCAAUUAAUUUCAAGACACAUAUUACUAAAUUAGCUGAAUACAGCAAUAUUGACUUGAUCAGUAAUGAAUAAUCUUGUUUUCCUUUCUAGUGUGCAAUGCUGGAAAGAACAUGUGUCUCAGAAUAGGAUUUAUUUGACUUUGUAGGCCAUAAUUACAACUUUGGGCAAAUAAGCUAACCUGUCUAAACCUCUCUUUUCUCAUCUAUAAAAUGGGGAUAACCUGUUCUUUCACGCAGUUAUAUUAUGGAAUAAGCGAAGUAGGGCAUGUGAAACACUUUAGCUUAGCUUCUAGCAUCUGUUGGGGUGCUCAAAAAUGUUAGAUCAUUUAUUUAAAAAUCUGCUAGGUUAUAACAUUCAGUGAGUCUUGGUACUUUUCACUGGACAGCUGGUAUAGAGGCUAGGGAUAGGGAGCUGCAGUUCAUUUUCCCUGCCCCCACCCCAGUUCUCUUGGCUAAAUGUGAUAUGCAUUUAAGGCCCACAACCUGCUGUUUCAAAGGUUGUGGUAAACUAUUUUGUAUACCAAAGACUUCUCUGUAAUAAAAUAUAUAUGUACACAUGAACAUUUUAUAUGCAUGCACAUUUUAAAUCAUUCUGCAAAUUGAGAUUCUAUACUUUUCUUAAGGGCACAUCUCUAUUCCAUUUCUUUGUAAAUUUGACUUCUACCUAACAAACAAUAUGCAAUUGUUGGGAUUUUUUUUUCCCUAACAAAUUCAAAACUGCUAAUUUAAAAUGUAAAGUGUGUGUUUCAAUUACCACAGUUUUCCAUUUAGAUAGGAGCUACCUGAUUCAUUCCAGCAAAGAGAGAUAUUAUCCCUGGAGAACAAAGUCAAUUCAAAAUUAUUUAAACCAUUUGGCAAAUAAAUAAAAUUUAAGUAAUUAUUUGCUUAAUUGCUCAGAAAUACUAAGUUGUUAAUGCCUAUGUGCAUUAAUGGUCAAAGAAAAGCCCACACUUACCUUUUGCAAUGUUUAUGAGAACUGAAAGCAAAACCAGUUUGCUUCUAGCCUUAACUUCAUUUCUAGGUUCUGAUCUUCAAAUGACUUGGAAAAAAGUCCACUUACCUAUUACAUAUACAUACAUACAUUCACACAUAUAUGUAUAUACAUAUAUUUCUUAAAAUACAAGCAUAUAAUUCUUUAUGCUUAAAGGAAGUAAAUAUUUAAACAUACAUUUAAUAUUCAUCACUUUACUGGGGCAGAAAAAUUGGCUUUUAAGGUAUAAUAGUUUCAGAUUUUCAGUCAAGUAUUCUUAGUCAUUACUGAAAAGAACUCAAAUUCAGCUAAAUUUUGAUUAUUAGCAACACUGGCUUGCUUUUCAAAAGGAAUGGCAAAAGAGAAUUAUCACAGUUUUUUGCUUAUGUAGUACACUAAGGAUUGUUUGGACACAAGUCAAAGUAAUUUUUCUUUUUUUUUAAUAAACAGCGUGAUGUUACAGACUGCAGAGUUAAAGAAAAGCAGACAUUGACAGUUUCUGAUGAGCAUAAACAGUAAGUGCAGUCACAGGCCAAACUUCUUGCUAGGAACAGCAAGACUGGGAAGAGGUCUUAAAUUUAGUGAUACUGUUAUUAUUCUGUAGUCUCAAUAUAAUAACACAUGCAUCUUGCUGUGUCAAAUGCUUUCUGGGCCAUCAUUAAAAGGACAUUAAAAACGUUUUUCUUCUAAUGAAUGCAGUAUACCACAGGACUUCAAUUCACUGAAUGACAAAAUAUAGAGAAAUAAGCUUGCUACAAUUAAUGGGGCCAAAAGGGUG